AAUCUAGUACAAAUAAUCUAAACAUUCAAGAUGGCGGAUACCGGUGACUUUUUGACUGCAGACGAUAAGGCCACAAACAUGCAGUAUGUGAAUGACAUAGAAUAUCUCAGUGAAUGGCCUCCGGUAGAGGGAAGAGGAGAAUCUGAAAAACUGACUCGGAGAAAAAGACAGAAAGUGGAUCGUGUAGAGGAAAGAACUCUAUGUGGUGGGUUAGAGAGUGAAGGCGUGUUGUGGGCUCGGCCUGCCCUGGCAAGAUGGUGGAGAAAGAGACAAAAAGACAGAAAUCAUCUAGAUUCCGUAAAUAUGCCAAAAUCAGAUAAUCCAAAUACAUUGCUCAAAUAUGUUGCUAGCCUUCCAGAAGGAAAAGCAUACUUGAAGCAGCAGAUUUAUGCCUUAAAAGAAAAGGUGGCUUCACAUCGUGGAAAUGCUGUCCUCCGUGCUGCAUUAGCUUCUUAUCAGGACCUGUUACAAGAUACCUCAUCUGCUUUAAACAAUCUAAACAUUGCUGCCAAGCUGGAUCCGCAAGAUAAGAAUAUAGCCUGGCUACAUUUAAAAGUACAGCGACGCAAAGAGCUUGAGGAAAAAAGAAAUUCCCUUCUUGACCAUCUUGUGCAGUCUCCAUCUUUUGAGCACAAGAUGGCACAACCAGUUGAGGUAGAGCGGCGCCACUGUAGUACCCUUUGUGCAAGAGAGUUUCUGUUUGAUUAUUGCAUGACUGGUACCCCUGUUAUCAUCACAGGGAUUGUCAAGACCUUGACUUCUGUUCCGUGGAACUUUCAACACAUCAAAGAGGUAGUUGGUAACAAGACUGCACCCCUCAAAAGGAUGGUGAAAGAAUCCACAGAAUGGGCAAAGCUUGAAUCGGCUUGUAGCAUGAAAAUAUGUGACUUUAUUGACUCCCUGCAAUCAUUACAGGAACCUCUUUACCUGUUUGACUGGAGUAUACCAACACAUGUUCCAGACCUGGCCAAGGAACUGGUAAUUCCCAAGUAUUUUGCUGGAGACUUCUUACAAAGGACUUUUCCAGGGUCUCUCUACCAGGAUAGUUGGCCAAGCCUGUUUAUUGCACCUUCAGGUUUACACAGUGAUCUUCAUGUGGAUGCAUUUGGUUCAAACUUCUGGAUGGCACUCUUUCAAGGCAGGAAAAGGUGGACCUUCUUUAGUAAAGAAGAGGUACCCUUACUUUAUCCACACUAUGAGGAUUCACUAGACCUCGUAUUUGAUGUUGACCUGAGUUCUCCAGACUUUGAUAAACAUCCUCUUUUAAGUAGGGCAACUCCUCGGCGGUGCAUUUUAGAACCUGGAGAACUUCUCUUUGUUCCUUAUGGUUGUCCACACAGAGUAGAAAACUUAGAAGAUUCUUUGGCAGUUUCAGCGAAUUUUGUUGACAUAUCAAACUUUGAAGUUGUAGUUGAGGAACUGAAGGGAAAUGCUUUGUUAGAUCCUCAAGCUGAAGAUCUUGUGAUACAAAUGACAAAGGACGAUUUUCCAGUAAAAAUGUUUAGUCAGCAAAAAGAUUUGCCAUGGGAUGAGUUCAAGAUGUGGCCUAGAGUUGAAUACAAAGAGUAUGAUAUUGAUAUCAGUGAUUCGCAUAGUUGAGGGCUCUUUACAACACAUUACAUUUAGAGUACUUUUCUUUGUGAAAUAAAAAAAAAUCAUAUACAUA